AUUCCCCGCGUCGGCGAUCAGCAUCAUGGCAGGAGAAGGAUCGUCGUCGUGGCCGCCAGGAUGGCCCUCGUCUCUGGAGGAAGGUGUUUCCACCACGCGGCGAUCGCGGGAAGGGGAGGAGGAUGCAGCUACGAGGUCGACUUCACCGUUCCGUCGUCCAUCGUCGACGAUGUCUAGUCCGUCCACCAGCGGCGGUGUCGGUGAUGUCUUGUCGAAGCGCCGAUUUAAACUCCACGAGCCGGACGAAAUGAUUUUGCAUUUGCAGCGACAUCAAGAAAAGUUACGAUGGCGACAGCAAUUGGACGAGCAGGUUCAGGAAAAGACGAUGCUAAAGGCCAAAGAAGAUGACGAGAAGCGUAUAAAAGAGGAGGACCAAGCCCAGCGCGAACGGCAGUACCAGCGGCAACAGCAUUUGCGCGCGCAACAGAAACUCGGCCACGUCUCUGCCUUACCAAAUCCUCCGAGACAGCAGCAGACGUACGUCUCGUCUGGCGGCACCACGUCCGCAGCGAGCAUCCACACGCCCCUACCUCCAUCGACGACCCACGUGAAUCCCCCGCCUGUCCCGUAUUCGUCGCCAUCCCGUGGCGGCGGCGGCUCCAUGUCCCGAAACGACCCCAACAACUCCCCCGACGUGAUCUCUCAAAUGCAGGCCAUGCUGGACGAGUUGCGGUUGGAGCGCGUGCAAAUUCAACUUGAGCGGCAGCAGAUGCAGCUCGAACGAGACGCGAUGAUACGAGAACGCCAGCAACUCGACCACGAACGAGAUUUGUUGGCGCGGGACCGUGGUAUGGUGCACCCCAACCCGUUCGUGUAUCCACCUCCAGCAGCAGCAGCAGCCACCACCACGUCUCCGUCAUCAGCAUCGCCGUCUAAAAGUCCCGGUUGGACGGAUUUUAACGUCAUUAGUCCGACGUCAGUCCAGAGAAAUGGGUUGCAUCUGUCGGAAUCGCCGACGUUUUCCCCAUAUCGAGACACCAAAGCCGCCGCCUCGUCCUCCCGCCAAGCCCGACGGAAUGGAGCGUCGGCGUCGCAACCAAGUCAUCCCAUGGACGACCAUGAGCUCAACCCGAUGGAACAGUCGUUGAUUGGGAUCAGUGAGUUUGUGGCACUGGCGUCCGUCGACGACAACAGCCACAACCGACGCGUGAUUCAGAGCAGUGGACGGUACAAUUGGGAUCGAGAUCUCGACACUGGGAAAGCUGCUGCGUACACUACGAAUCGGUCUACUGCAUCAAGUGAGGAGGGCAAUAUGACAUCAUCCAAGCUGUUUCAAGUCAAAGUGCUCGUGGAUGGACAGCAUUAGACCACGUGUGAUGAACGUACGACGAUGAUGAUACAUGUUCAGUCGUCCGCAGUUUACACGGACGAAAUGUAUGUGUUGGUGGCUCCAAUAACAUUAGUACUUGUAUUGGGCAUGUUUUGGAGUACUAUAUGGCAUGUUUUGG